AUGCUAAACAUAGCUAUUGAUGUGGCUUCUGCACUGGAUUAUCUGCAUAAUCAUUGCCAAACGCCAAUCAUUCAUCGAGAUUUAAAGCCAAGCAAUAUUCUUCUCGAUGAUGACAUGAUUGCUUGUGUGGGUGAUUUCGGGCUAGCCAAGUUCUUACCUGAGGUUGCUCAAACUAGCUCGGUUGGAAUCAAGGGAUCUGUUGGAUACAUCGCUCCAGAAUAUGCGAUGGGCAGUAAAGCAUCUACACAAGGAGAUGUUUACAGUUAUGGAAUCCUUCUAUUGGAGAUGAUCACUGGAAAGGGGCCAACUGAUGGCAUGUUUAUGGAUAAUCUAAGCCUUCAUCAUUUUGCUAAGUUGGCUUUGCCUGAACGAGUAAUGGAGAUUGUUGAGCCACAACUACUUAUAGAAGACACUGAAGUUACUCAAGGCAAUGGAAAUCAUAUCAAUACAAGAAAUAGAAUGCAUGAAUGCUUGAUUUUAAUGGUCAGAAUCGGUGUGUUGUGCUCUUCAGAGUCUCCAAGAGAACGAAUGUGCAUGAAAGAUGUGGCUUCAAAAAUGCAUGCAAUCAAGAACCGGUAUCUCGGGGUCAGGAUUCACAGAGACAUACAAGUUAGAUCACAAAUGUUAGAUGGAGAUUUGUCUUACCUCAGUCAUUACUAA